AUGACAAUCAAAGUAUUCCUCACCGGCGCCACCGGCUACAUCGGCGGCGAUGCCUUGUACCAAAUACAUCAGCGAUAUCCGGAUUUCGAUUACGCACUUCUUGUCCGCUCAGGAGGCAAGGCGAAGGAAGUCCUAUCAGCGUAUCCAAAAGCUAGAAUUGUCCUCGGCGGUAAUGACGAUUCUGAGCUACUAGAACGUGAAGCUGCCUGGGCUGAUAUUGUCAUUCAUACUGCCGACUCAUCAGACCACGCCGGUGCGGCGACGGCGAUAGCCAAAGGUCUCGUGCAGGGUCAUUCUGCCUCGCGACCUGGUUUCUGGUUGCACACCAGUGGCGCGGGGAUCCUGACGUACUUUGACUCGGAAGUCAAGAAGACGUUCGGAGAGAAGGACGACAAGGUUUUUAAUGACCUGGAAGGAAUCGACGAGCUGGUUAACCUGCCCGCCGCGGCUUUCCACCGCAACGUGGACGAAAUUGUCCUUAACACGGGCAUCAGACAUGCGGAUUCAGUCAAGACGGCUGUGAUCUGUCCCCCUACAAUCUACGGCAAGGGCCGCGGUCCGAGCUCCGGCCGUGGACGACAGGUCUACGAACUUGCUUCGUUUGUUCUGAAAGAGCAGUACUGUCCUCGGAUCGGGAAGGGGCUUUCGCGGUGGAACAAUGUGCAUGUGCGUGAUUUGAGUAGGGUGUUUGAACUCCUGGUACAAGCUGCGCUGGAUCCGUCCUCGAAGGAUGAUCCUGAGAUCUGGGGCACGCAUGGUUACUAUUUCACGGAGAACGGCGAGCACGUCUGGGGUGAUCUGUCCGUUGCUGUUGGCGAGGAAGCCUUCAGGCAGGGGUAUAUCAAGGGUGGAGCACCCGAGACUCGAGACUGGUCGAUUGAUGAGGCUGUCAACUCGUCGGCUGGAUUUGAGGCGGCGAGUUGGGGUAUGAACUCGCGGGGUGUGGCGGCGCGAGCGAAGAAGGUCCUUGGCUGGAGGCCGCAGGAGUUGGGUUUGAUCGAUGAGUUGCCGGAUAUUGUUCGAUCUGAGGCAGUUAGGUUGGGGCUUUAA